GACUAUGAUGCUGCGACCCCCCAACCCGAGCCCCAUGUGACCGGGGGGAGGCGCCGCGUUGGCUCCGGGCCACUGGCUCUCACUGCGGGGAGGGAGGUGGCGCUGCAGCCGGGGAAGCAGGAGCUCGGUACCCGGGCACGGAUGGCCGCCGCUGGGGCUGAGCAAGAACAAGCGACCGCCUGAUCCCGCGGGAGGAUUACCGGGAAGGAGAGGACAUGGCCGGCAUCCUCAAGAGGGUCCCCGUGCUCGCCGUCAGCUCUGUGUCCGUGUUUCUGUUCCUGGUCGUCCUCCGUCUCAUCAACGAAGUCAACAUCCUCAAGCUGCUUUCCUGUUUCGGGCAAACAAGUUCCCAGUGCGUCCCUGCUCCGGUCACGUGGCGGCAUCGCCCUCUCACGUAUCACGACGGUUACAUUAACAUUAAGACGCGGGAGCCUCUUCAACUUGACUGCAACCAUUGUGCAAUCAUCUCAAAUUCUGGGCAGAUGACGGGUCAGAGGGCAGGACAAGAGAUCGACCAGUCUUCCUGCAUAUGGAGAAUGAACAAUGCUCCAACCAAAGGCUACACAGAAGAUGUUGGCAAAAGGACCACAAUCCGGGUGGUGUCCCACACUAGUGUACCUCUGCUGCUCAAGGACCCUGAAUACUUCUUCAAGGAAAGCAACGAAACAGUCUAUGUCAUAUGGGGGCCAUUUAGGAACAUGAGACAAGACGGAAAGGGUAUAGUCUACAAUAUGUUACGGAGAACUGUGGAAAAUUACAGCAAUGCUAAGGUUUACAUAACAACGGAGAUGCGCAUGAGCUACUGUGAUACCGUCUUCAAGAAAGAGACUGGCCGAGAUCGGGUACAGUCAGGAUCUUAUCUCAGCACCGGUUGGUUCACCUUGAUCCUUGCAAUGGACGCCUGUGAGGGAAUCCAUGUUUAUGGAAUGAUCAAUGAUACAUAUUGCAGGACACAGGGUUUCCGGAACGUUCCUUAUCAUUACUAUGAACCUGGACGGUAUGAAUGUGAUGAGUACAUCCUACAUGAAAAUGCCCCGUAUGGGGGACACCGAUUCAUCACCGAGAAACGAGUGUUUGCCAAGUGGGCGAAGCUGCACAAUAUAACGUUCAGCAACCCAGACUGGUCAUUACCUUGAUAUAAAGGACCAAGAAAAGGACUGUCACAAUACAUUAGAGCCUCAAAACAUACAAUGGAAAAUACUGAGCGGGGGAGGGGGGUAGCUGAUAAGUACUGGUAGGAUUAAGAUUUUUUAAAUAGAAGUAAUUUACAAAUCUGUUUAACUUUCUGGAGCCAGUUGAUAUGGGAAAAAAUAUAUAUAUUUUUUUUUUUCACUGGAAUACCCCUUUAAAGGGGUACU